UUAAACACACCAACACACACACUAGUUGCAUGCCUCCUGUGUGUGUGUUUAUCUGACUAAUUAUUUCUAAUUGGUCGGACGAACACCUACUGAACACACAUCGAUAGUGUUUUAAAUACUAAAACCACACAUGAAACAUCGAUGCUUAUAGUUCACUGUGUUUUUUUUUAAUAAGUAAAUCCACGUGUAUAAUUAGUGCAUCAACCUCGAGAAUUACAUUAGAAAGAACAUCAUAAAUACUGCAUUGAACGAUUACGGUAUGACUUUCUACACUAACGCCAGGGUAAGAAGCACGAGAUAAACAAUUGAAUAGUUUGAUAGUAGACACGGAUCAAGAGCUAUACACGUGAAGUUUAAACAGACACACGUGCACGUGAAUAUCGCGUGAAGUUAAAACACACGAGAAGACAUGUGACAUCAUGAAAACAGAAAUCGAAGAUAGCGACGAAUGUCCGGCGCCCUUAAAUUUGGUGCUUAGCAGCGAACAAACCAACACAACUUCUAGAAGAAGGAAAGUAGGAAGACCUCGUAAAUUAAUUCGGCCUACGAUCCCCGUGAAAAUCGAAUCGUUCGAGCGUUCUGCUGAUGGCCUACUGCCUUGUUCUGUAUGUGGUAAAAGUUUUGUAUCUCUUAAAAACUUCCUCAGCCAUCAGAAAACUCAUACCAACCAAAGACCCUAUCAAUGCCUCGAUUGCGGGCGCAAAUUUUCAUUACGGAACACGUUAGUUUGUCAUACUAGAGUGCAUACUAAAGAGAAACCGUAUACGUGUACAAUGUGUCUCAGGAGUUUCACUCAACCCAGUACCUUAAAGGCUCAUAUAAUCUAUAAACAUACCAGAAAAUUUCCAUAUUUAUGUGAUGUGUGCGGGCACGGUUUCAUUUCACCAGGACAUAAAGUCGAGCAUAUGGCUCGUGUUCACGGACUCGGUUUGGCAUAUGCAGGAUUUCAAGUUAAGAGAGAAUCGACAGCAGAAACAGUCUGACGUUCCUUCUUUUUUUGUUGUGAAUCUCAAUUUUAAAUUUUUAGUCCGUUAUCGAGAAGUAGGAGAUGCUCAAUGUCUUAUCGAUUGCUCAAUAACUGAACGAAAACAGAUGGAAAUGUUUUUGGGCUU